CCAUCAAAAGAAUUAUGGAGCAGCAGAAGUGGCACUUCUGAAAGACAUCACCACAAAAAACCUGUGGCCGAAAAGAAAGCAAGGUCGUAUGUCCCGGCCCAAACACAGCAGGCUACCCCGCCACGAAGAUUAUCGUCCGUAUGUUCUGUCCUCCCACUCCAAAUUUUGGACACACCUCCAAGACAUCAUCCACACUCCCCUCAUCUUGAUUCUUCUAGUCCUGGGAACAGCAUCCCUCUGCAACAACAGCAACACAGUGACAUGGAGGAGACAAACAUCUUAGAAAUGCAGCCAUUAAUGCAAGGAAUGAGCCCCCCAGCACCUGUGAGUACACCACCACAGCAAAGCACACCACCACCACAACACAGCCCAACAACACCAGGAACACAAGGCCCUGAUCAGGUGUUUUGGACCAUUUGGGCUAGACAGCAGGCCACUAAUGAAGAUUGCCUGCGUAAGCAGACACAAAUGUUUGCAAGCCUACCAUCUCACCUCAGAAGAAUAUCAAGAAAUCUGAGUAGACAAAAUGAACAAACAACCAGAAUAGGCAAUACCAUGGAACUCAUGCGUACAGACAUUACACAGGUCAUGGGCAACUUACAGCGCAUAAUGGAAGAACAGCACAGACAACAGCAAAGUUAUAUGAGCAUUUUUCAAAACAAUCAAAAGAUUAAUGAAAGUUUAUUCCGAAUAGUAGACAAUCAAAAUGCUGCUACACGUGAACUCAAUGCCACCCUCACUAACCUGAAUGAAACACUCAGAUGCAUGCACCAACAGCAAACAAGCAGCAGUUCUGGUACGACUACUCCAAAUAUCACGCCAGUCUCAUCACCACCAAGACACUCCACCAGAGCACGACAACAUGACAGUGCUAAAGGCAAAGGGCAGGACAAGCAGCCACCAAAAAAAACGUGAAAAAAAUACAAGUUAGACAUUUGGGAUAAGUAACUCAAAAUAGUUAGUAAGUAUAUUUUUGGGGAAAAAUAUAUAACACUUAGCUCCUUGACACAUUUUUCAACAUCAUAAAUUAUAAGUGCUACAAACAAAAACAAAAAAUUUGUACGCACAUUUAUUCUUUACCAUUUUUGGGGGGAAUUGGAGGAGGGAAAUGUUGAUGGAGCCACACAUACAUGUUAGCAGGAAGUAAACUGACCACUUGAUUUUUUUCUAAUCAUUACUCUUUCUAGAUUCCAAUCAUUCUCUUUUCCAGCAGACACAAUAAUUGGCUGCCAGGCAGAAUGUCUUUAGCAGGAAGUAAACUGACCACUUGAUUUUUUUCUAAUCAUUACUCUUUCUAGAUUCCAAUCAUUCUCUUUUCCUGCAGACAAUCCAAAUUACAAU